ACUCGAAAGCGUCCUUGUUCCAGUGUCGCCGCAGCAUUCUGCUCCCAACUCCUGCUCUGCCUGUGGCUGCACUACGCUGGCAGCAGCCGGGCAGGGAGCAGGGAACGCUCGGUCGCCCACUGUGUGUCUGAGCAUUUCUGCUUGUUGCCUCCCGGUGAGAUCGCUGACUUGCUCGAGCUCUUUGAUUAACAAAAUGAAGCCUGCAAAGCUGCACUGCUGGGUUCUGGGCUGGUUUUCUGUGGCAUUAUGUGGUUGGUGUACUUCAGAUAAAUUCACUCAAAGUGACAACCACCCUCAUACCUGGAAGAAACUGUAUCUUGCUCAUCAUUGGCCAGUGACUGUAUGUAAGAUGAGUGCUAAUGAUUGUGAACACCCACCAGAGUACUGGACAAUCCAUGGACUGUGGCCUGACAAAACUGAAGAGUGUAACAGGACGUGGCAUUUCAAUGUCACUGAGAUUAAGGAUAUUUUGUCAGACAUGAGACACUAUUGGCCUGAUGUGCUUCAUUCAUCUCUGAAUCGCACCCAGUUCUGGAAACAUGAGUGGGAGAAACAUGGCACUUGUGCAGCCACACUUCCGGUCCUUAAUUCUCAGAAGAAAUACUUUGGUAAAGCCUUAGAACUCUACCAUCAUAUUGAUCUUAACAGUUGUCUCCUGAAAGCUGGGAUAAAGCCAAGCAGUUCAUAUUAUGAGAUGACUGCCAUAAAAGAAGCUCUUACAAGAUUUUAUGGUGUAACACCAAAGAUCCAGUGUCUUCCUCCAGAAGAGGGUGAAAAAGCACAAACAAUUGGUCAGAUUGAAUUCUGCUUCACCAAAGAGCUGCAGCUGAGAAACUGCACAGUACAGAAUGGUGAAUCCAAACCAAUGCCAGCUGACUUGAAGCUUGGAAAUGAGGAGUUGUCUGUCUGCAGUGAUACUCUCCCAACAUAUUAUCCUUCACAAGUUCAAUAUCAUAAAUGAAGCCAUAAGAGUUUGGGAAACUUUUUCAGUAGUAACAAAGCCCAAAUCCUUAAAACAUUAUACCUUGGGAAGCAGUCUUGACUUAGCAAUAUUACAAAGCCCUGUCCAUAUCACAGGCAUACUGUGAAGAUUUCUGCUGGAAAACACAAUUCCUUUGCCAUGAAAGGAGAAUGGUCCACAUUGUAAUGCCAGUUACAGGCUGAAGCGUUGCAUUUUGGCUCUGAUAUUGAUGGGACUAGAAUCUGAUUUAGAGCUUUGCUUGGACUUUUUGGCUUGCUUAUGGCUUGAAUCAAUGUUCAAGAGAGAACUGUGACUUACUAGUUUCACUUUCAGUUAAGUCUACCACUUCAGGCACUUCUGGUUUUUGCAGUGAGUCAGGGAAAUUAAGUCAUUCUUUGUUUUGAAAGGAUGUUUGUCUCUCUCAUUUUGAGAAGAAAAUACUGUAAACAAAAAGAGCUGAGAGAGCCGUCUGGGGGUCCUUUUCCAGACAGGAAUUGUGCAAAUUGUGUAAAUUUGCUUCCCAGAAGUGUUGAACAGAGGCUGUGUCACCUGAGGCACAUUGAGCCUUUCCUCAUCACAGUGGACCAAAGAUGACAAUUUUUGCAUAACUUCUUAGUGAAUGAAAUAACAUUCACCAGGUUUUGGCACUUCUGCCUGAAGGACCCCAGGAAUACUGUAUUAGUAGCCUUACCUAUUCUUUGUUUGAUUUUCAUACAGUAGCUCCAUAGAGUCCUGAACUUCCAGUAUAGGACAAAAUGUUAGGCCCUACAAAUACAUUGUUGUUAAUUUUUCAUUGUACUUGAACAUAUAACAUUACCACACAGAUAUGAGUGUCUGCACUUUUAUUGACAAAUGAGAUUGUCACAUUAUCAUUUUGUUCCAAGAAACAGCUUUUUAUAAAUGAAUCAGUAAAUGCCACAAGGUUUCAGUAAAAAGUACAAAAUUCUCUUAACUCUUUCAAAUAGUACUGAAAUGGUGCAUGGGUUUGGGGUGGACUACAUAGAAUGCAAACAAGUCAGAAUGAACAUGAAUUUACAUUUCAUGUCAUAAAUUUGAUUGUUCUUUUAAAGAAGACUCACUUUUUCAUCAAAAUUGUGCUAUUUUUCAGUAUUGUGGAAUUAUUUUCUUUUUGUCAUUUUGUGAAGUCCUUUGCUCUCCUUUUCCUUUCAAAGCUGUGCCAAAUCCUUUCUUGUUAAGCUAAUCAGCAGUGAGGGAAGUGGAAACAGUUUGGUAGCCACCAUGAGACAGUCUCAUUAACAUCUUCCUCAGGGCUUUUAAUUCAUCAGUUCGGUUUUGAACCCAGCCCUUAAACAGAACAGCAGACUUCUCAAAAUCUCACUAUAAAUAUUGCCACCUUGGAUCAGCAGGUGCAGCAGAAAAACAAUCCCAUUAAAUCCACAGCAACGUGCUGUACUGCCACAUGAGUGAUUGUUGAGUUUUCUGUAAUUGUUUUAAUUCCGUGGUGCUCUUCAGUUGGAAGAAAAGCUCAGAAGUGGAAGCCUUGGUAAAUAACAUUAGUUAUUGGAAGCAGUGGUAGCAUUAGUUCUUGCACGAACAUAUGCUUAAUGAAAGCUGAAAUCACUAGCCUGUUUUUUUUCAUUGCAGUAUAAAUUGUAUUUUCUUUUAUAAUGCCAAACAGUGUUUAGGGAGACAAAAUAUACAGUAUGAGCUCUCUGUAGUUCAAGAGUAAUACAUUAAUUUAAGUAAAGCCAACAGCUGCAAAUACGUACCUUACAAUGAAGAGACACAGACACUUCACAGUGAGGCUCAAAACUGACACAUGCCAAAUAGUGGGUACAGACAAGAGUCAGAAAAGUUCAUCUUCUGCAGCAAAGCAGAUGACCUAAUUUUCAAAUGCAAGAAAUGUGAGUGAGCUGAUAAGUUUUAAAACUUUGAGGAGAAACUAGCAUAAUCUGAAAUGAGAAAGAGGAAGGGAGGGAGAGAGCAAAGCCAGCAGUAUGCUGAACAACAACCUGCAACUGAGUAAAAGAUGACUGAUAAGUGUUAAGACUGGCUAAAAAUAACCUCUCAAGACUCUGAAGUCCUGCUUAAAAGGACGUACAUGAGGUACUGCAUUUGCCUUAAUAAAGCCAUACCCACAUUCUCUUUACUAUGCCAAUGUUAUUACACAUUAAAUGUUUUAAUUUGCCAUAGUUUAUUAGUAGCAGCAAUAAAACACUGUAUGACUG